AUGGAAUAUUUAAACAAAAUAUACAUGACGGCAGUUGGAAAAAAGAGAGAGGUAAGUGUUCAUGUUGAUGUAGAUGAAGAUGAAGACGAAGACAUGUGUGAUGAAAAUAUUAUGAAUAGAAUAAAACAAAAAAAUUGUUGUAAAAAAUGGAGUACCAGUAUGUAUAAUAAGAAUAUAUUAAUUAAUUAUAGAAAAGAUAUAGAUAAAGAUUCUUUUUUUAUAAUAUUAGAAAAAGCAUGGAAAUUAUUUUUUCAUGAUGACACAAAAGGAAAUAAAUUACUUUUGCAUGAAGAAAAUGAUAACAAUAUAUAUUCAUUACCAAAUUUUUUAAUUAUAGAUAAUGUGUCAAAUUAUAAUCAUAUGGAUACAGAUAAUAUUAUAAGUAUGAAUAAUGAUCAAUGUGAUAAUGAAGAUAAUAUAAUUAUAAAUGAUGAAAAUACAAAAAAAUAUAUAUUAGAAGAUAUAGAUGAUAAAAAAAUAGUAUCUAAUAAAACAUUUCCUUUAAAUAAAAAAUUUAUUGAUAUAUAUCAUAAACAUGAAGAUACAUAUUAUAGUUAUCAUAAAGAAAUUGAUGACUUUUUAAUAUUGCCAGAUAUAAUUAUUACAAAUAAUGAAAACAUUAAUAUAUUUCAUGAGAUUAAGGAUGAUGAUGAAUCUUUAAAAGUUAAUGACAAUUAUGUCAAAAAUGAAGAGCAUAAGAAUAAUGUGGACAUAACAUAUGAUGAAAAAAAAACAUAUGAUGAAAAAAAAACGUAUGAUGAAAAAAAAACAUAUGAUGAAAAAAAAACAUAUGAUGAAAAUAAAACAUAUGAUAAAAAUAAAACAUAUGAUUAUAAUAAAACAUAUGAUGAUAAUAUUAUUCAAAAUGUUCAUAUUACAGAUAAUAUGAAUAACCCAAACGUUACAACAGAUUCAUCAAAUAUUUAUAUCCUUAAUGAUGAAAAAUGA